CCUAUAGCAAUUGACUAUGUUUCAUUUUCCAGUUUAUUCCGUGGGGGAAUGAAUGAUGUGUGCACUAACUUCAUACCAAAAAUCUACACUUUCGAAUCCUUAUGUUUUUCAAAUUCCUACAGGAAUGUCUCCCCUUCCUUUUUCAUCUAACAUUCUUCUAUUCGAAUCCCAUUAGGGUUUUCUCUGAACUUCCCAAAUCGGUCAAACUCUAGAAAGUUCCGACCUUUGGUUUGGACCUAUUUGCGGAAGGAAAGGAAACACAAACAAGCUUCAAACUUGUUCUAAAAUGCUUGCUGCUGCUGCUUCAGCUUCUCGACACCUUCUUCAACGCGAUGCCAGCAUCGGUGCUUGCAGUGGCAGUGGCAAUCGAGUUCGCUCUCUUUUUACAGUUUCUGUGAUCUCCACAACCUACCCAAGUCGCACUAAAACAUGUUAUAGUCAUGGUUAUGGAAUCAGUUUCAAUACCCCUAAACACAGAGCGUGCCCAGGUUUGCUUUUUGCUGUAAAGGGGUUCCUUUCUGAUUCAUCAAAUUCUAAUUCUCCACAUGGCAGAGUUUCCAGACCUCACUUACCACAUCCUAGUUCAAGUGUGGAUGGGCGAGCAUUGUUCUCAACUUCAGCUAAAGAUGAUGGAAGCCGAAGCCAAAAGGCUGCUUCUUCCACCAUUCCUAAACCACCACCAUCACUUCCUAAUGGGCAAGUUGCUGAUGUGAGGAUCCUUCGCACACUUGCCAGUUACCUUUGGAUGAAAGAUAAUCUUGAAUUCCGGGUUCGGGUUAUUGCCGCAUUGGGCUUACUUAUUGGGGCUAAGGUUUUGAAUGUUCAGGUCCCGUUCUUGUUCAAGCUUGCAGUUGAUUCGUUGACGACGGCUUCGGGGAAUGCUGCUGCUCUUGCUUCGAGUUCAAGUGGGUCGGCUCUUUUUGCAACCCCAGUGGCAGUGUUGGUUGGAUAUGGGAUUGCGCGUUCAGGAGCUUCUGCUUUCAACGGUAUUUAUGCACUUGUUUUAUCUUCCUUCUAAACCUGCUCUUAUCUA